AAUUUGACAGAGCGCGGAGGAAAAAUCCGCGAGAAGGUGGUGGAAGAAGAUGGCGGUGAUGGGGCCGAGUUUGCAAUAUUUCUGAAUAGGCUAGUCCAGUAACUAUUGGGGCCAUGGCGUCAAACUCAACUAAGUCUUUCUUGGCAGAUGCCGGCUAUGGUGAACAGGAGCUGGAUGCUAACUCUGCCCUUAUGGAAUUAGACAAAGGUCUAAGAUCUGGCAAACUCGGUGAACAAUGUGAAGCAGUUGUUCGCUUUCCCAGGCUCUUUCAAAAGUAUCCAUUCCCUAUUCUCAUCAAUUCUGCAUUCCUAAAGUUAGCUGAUGUUUUCAGAGUUGGAAACAAUUUCCUGAGGCUCUGUGUUCUUAAAGUUACUCAACAAAGUGAGAAGCAUUUGGAGAAGAUUCUAAAUGUGGAUGAAUUCGUGAAGAGAAUUUUCUCUGUGAUUCAUAGUAAUGAUCCUGUAGCAAGAGCCAUCACACUCCGGAUGUUGGGGAGUCUGGCAUCAAUAAUUCCUGAGAGGAAGAAUGCUCACCAUAGCAUUCGUCAGAGUCUGGAUUCACAUGAUAAUGUAGAAGUUGAAGCUGCUGUGUUUGCUGCUGCCAACUUUUCUGCACAGUCAAAGGAUUUUGCUGUGGGAAUCUGUAACAAAAUCAGUGAAAUGAUUCAAGGCUUAGCCACACCAGUCGACCUGAAGCUGAAGUUAAUCCCAAUCCUGCAGCACAUGCACCAUGAUGCCAUCCUGGCCUCCAGCGCUCGUCAGCUUCUACAGCAGCUAGUCACAUCCUAUCCUUCCACCAAAAUGGUGAUUGUUUCUCUGCACACGUUUACUCUGCUGGCAGCUUCAUCUUUGGUGGAUACACCUAAGCAGAUCCAGCUUCUCUUACAGUAUUUGAAGAAUGACCCCAGAAAAGCAGUAAAGAGACUUGCUAUUCAAGAUCUGAAAUUACUUGCCAAUAAAACACCACACACUUGGAGUAGGGAAAACAUUCAGGCCCUCUGUGAAUGUGCCCUCCAGACUCCUUAUGACAGCUUGAAGCUGGGGAUGUUGUCUGUCCUGUCCACACUCUCAGGGACCAUUGCUGUCAAGCACUAUUUCAGCAUAGCUUCAGGAAAUGUGGGUUCUUCUCCCAGAUCCUCUGAUUUAGUCAAAUUAGCCCAAGAGUGCUGUUACCAUAAUAACAGAGGCAUUGCAGCUCAUGGGGUCAGAGUCCUGACUAAUAUAACCGUCUCUUGUCAAGAAAAAGACCUAUUAGCACUGGAACAAGAUGCUGUUUUUGGCCUGGAAUCCCUUCUGGUACUUUGUAGUCAAGAUGAUAGUCCAGGUGCUCAAGCCACUUUAAAGAUUGCUCUGAAGUGUAUGGUGAAGUUGGCCAAGGGCAGACCCCAUCUUAGCCAGUCCGUGGUUGAGACCCUGUUGACUCAGUUGCAUAGUGCUCAGGACGCUGCCCGGAUCCUCAUGUGCCAUUGCCUGGCCGCCAUUGCCAUGCAGCUGCCAGUGCUGGGCGAUGGAAUGCUGGGCGACCUCAUGGAGCUCUACAAGGUUAUCGGACGAUCAGCCACGGACAAGCAGCAGGAACUUCUGGCUGCCAGUACACCACUGAAUCCUUUAAGUUUUCAGUGUGAAUUUGUAAAACUCAGGAUUGACCUUCUGCAAGCCUUCUCUCAACUUAUCUGUACUUGUAACAGUCUAAAGACAAGCCCCCCUCCUGCAAUCGCCACAACAAUCGCCAUGACUUUAGGAAAUGAACUUCAGAGGUGUGGUCGCAUCUCUAAUCAGAUGAAACAAUCUAUGGAAGAAUUCCGAAGCCUUGCUUCCCGAUAUGGGGAUCUUUAUCAGGCAUCUUUUGAUGCUGAUUCGGCAACUUUGAGGAAUGUAGAGCUACAGCAGCAGAGCUGUUUACUGAUGUCUCACGCAAUAGAAGCUCUGAUUUUAGAUCCAGAAUCUGCAAGUUCCCAGGAAUAUGGAUCUAUAGGAGCAGCCCAUGCUGAUAGUGAAUAUGAGAGAAGAAUGAUGUCUGUAUAUAAUCAUGUCUUGGAGGAGGUGGAAUCACUCAAUCGGAAAUAUACCCCUGUUUCUUAUAUGCAUACAGCAUGCCUCUGCAAUGCCAUCAUUGCUUUGCUGAAAGUUCCUCUUUCAUUUCAGAGGUAUUUUUUCCAGAAACUGCAAUCCACCAGCAUUAAGCUUGCUCUGUCGCCAUCCCCCCGGAACCCUGCAGAGCCCAUCGCUGUCCAGAAUAACCAGCAGCUGGCGCUGAAGGUGGAGGGAGUGGUUCAGCAUGGAUCUAAACCAGGACUGUUUCGCAAAAUUCAGUCUGUCUGUCUGAAUGUUUCUUCUACGCUACAGAGUAAAUCUGGACAAGAGUACAAGAUACCCAUUGACAAUAUGACCAAUGAGAUGGAGCAGAGGGUUGAGCCUCAUAACGACUACUUUAGUACACAAUUUCUUUUGAACUUUGCUAUCCUUGGAACACACAACAUUACUGUGGAAUCUUCAGUGAAAGACGCCAAUGGUAUCGUAUGGAAGACUGGUCCCAGAACUACCAUAUUUGUAAAAUCCUUGGAAGACCCGUAUUCCCAGCAAAUUCGCCUGCAACAGCAGCAAGCCCAGCAACCAUUACAACAGCAGCAACAACGAAAUGCCUACACGCGGUUUUAACCAUGUGACGAAUGCACUAUAGACUUUACAGGGAUUGAUUAAAUUAGCAGAAGUACUCUGCAUCUUCAUAUGGAUUAAGAUAUGAAAGUUAUAAUGUGGAGUCCAUUUACUCCUUGGUUUCUGUAAUGUAAUAUUCUAAAAAAUAUAGGGGUUUUUUUUUCCCCCUUACAAAUUUCUCAUUUGAGAAAAAUGGGGUUCUUAACCAGAAAUAUUUUUUUCCUUGUUCCUUUGACCAGGUCCCUUAUCUCAUAAUUACCAUUUUCAUUCUUUUAUUAUUCUUUUUAGUGUGGCUGAGCCUUUUCUUUUUCUUUUAAGUCACAUAUUGGGAUCAUUGAAUUAGUAAAUUUGACUGCUUCUCUACCAAAAUAUAUCACCAGCUGCCUGUGAUUCUGAGCUGCACCUCGGGAAGUUCUGACCAGUACUGACCCUGGUGGUAAAACCGAGUCCUCCCAUCGAUGGACUCGGAAGUGUCUCCUGAACCAUCAGUCUUCUGGAAAAUGAGAGCAGGCAGACAAACAGCAUCGACACAUCCUGCUGUAUUAUUUCAACUCCUUAUCUGUCCUAUGCUAAAGCAAACUUAAUUUAUUGUUUUAGUACUUAAUUGAACCAAAGUGCAGCUAAAAAUUACAUAGACAUAUUGGAGAUUAAUAAUUUGUUUUUUCUAAUAUGUGUGUGAUUGUGUAGACUUUUUACAUUGUUUCUAAGAGUAAAAAAAAUCACUCACAUUUAAUAUCUCAAUGUUUUAAGGUAGGAGGGCAGAUCUUUGGUUUAGUUUCUUGGCAUGUUAUGUAAUGCUAGACUUGAUUGCCUAGAAAGAACAGUCUCUUUUUAACACAACCCCAAUUAGAUGGGAUGCUCAGGGAAUAGAAGUUUUCUAGUUAGCCAGAAAACCCCUUUUUUUUUUCUAUUUCAAUACUGGUUAAAAACGUUAUAAAAUCUAAUACUGAUAUACUUUCUUGUCUUAACACAGUAUACUAGAUAUAAUUAACCGAUCUUUCUGGAUUUGGGAUCAUUUAGUUCUUUGGGAUCAUGAUUUCUGAACAUUGGGGAUCACAGCAUUGCAGAGAUUGAUGAUAUGGGCAGUUGGAUUCGGAGUAGCUCCUAAGAUGAAGCAGGCACAUUCCUUGGAAAUUUCUUUUUAAAAUAAAUAUCUCCAUUUCUUUG